AUGCCAAAAGUGUACAUUACUGGUGCCUCAGGGUUCAUAGCUCAGCACAUUGUCAAGCUUCUUUUAGAGUCUGGAUACGAAGUUGUCGGUACUGUUCGCUCAAAAGAAAAGGGAGAUAAAUUGGCGAAAUUGGUAAACCACCAAAACUUUCAAUACGUGGUGGUACCAAACAUUGCCGCCCCGGACGCUUUCGACGUAUCAUUAAAACAGCACAACGAUGUCUCAUAUAUCUUACACACUGCUAGUCCAUUUACUUACACAACAACGAAUCCUGAACAAGACCUAAUCAUUCCUGCAAUUCAAGGCACAAGAAACAUUUUGAACGCAGCGGACAAAUUUGCUCAACAAUUGACUAGGUUUGUCAUUACGUCGUCAGAUGCAGCAAUUUACUCAAAUAUUGAUGAGAAAAACAACAAACUAACUUUUAAUGAGCAGUCUUGGAAUAAUAUAAAGUAUGAAGAUGCUACGGUUGAUGCAGUAACUGCUUACUACGGAGCAAAAUCAUUUGCCGAAAAAUUGGCCUGGGAGUUUAUGGAAAUGAAUACACCUUCGUUUACCUUGACUGCUGUCAAUCCCUCCUAUGUUUUUGGCCCACAAGCUUAUCUUUGUGAUCCAAAUCACCUCAAUGAGUCAAAUGUAAUGAUUGGUGACUUGUUGGAAAAGCAUGGCAAUGAUACUUUUGAUAAUGAAGUGGGAGGCUAUAUUGAUGUUCGGGACGUUGCAAAAGCUCAUGUGUUUGCCAUGGGCAACGAAGAUGCUGCCAAUCGCCGGUUGUUUAUGAAUAAUGGGCACUUUAGCGUGCAAAUGAUGUUGGACAUUAUCAAUGCAAAAUGGCCAGAAUUGAAUUUAAUUAAGGGUAGUCCAGGUAGUGGACCGGAAGAUAUCAAAAUCUUGGGUCGCAUUGAUAACUCAACUACAAAGAAAUUCCUACCAUGGACGUUUCUUGAUUUGAAGACGACUGUGGUUGACACUGUGCAACAAAUUUUAUCCAGCAAGUAA